AUGGCUACGUCUGACGGUACAAUCAACCCUGAUGGUGAAGAGCACAAGUGGAAAGAGGAGGUGGAGAAGAAAAAGCCAUCAGAAGCAGCGGAGGAGGUCCUUCCCGGAGAAGACACCCGAGACCCUCCUGGACUCCUGACUCUGAGGAGGAAGGCUUACAGAGAGCAGCACCCCCUGCAUUAUAGAUGGGUUCUGUGGUUCUUCAAGAAUGACCGCAGCCGGCCCUGGCAGGAAAAUCUGCAGCUGGUCACCAAGUUUAGCACUGUGGAGGACUUCUGGGCGACGUACAGUCACAUCAAGUUGGCCAGCAAGCUCUCUUCCGGCUGUGACUAUGCUCUGUUCAAGGAUGGCAUCCAGCCCAUGUGGGAAGACUACAGGAACAAGCGGGGUGGCCGCUGGCUGCUCAGUCUUGCUAAACAACAGCGCCACACAGAACUGGACCGUCUGUGGUUGGAGACGUUGCUGUGUCUGCUGGGGGAGAGUUUCGAGGAAUUCAGCCAGGAGGUGUGUGGAGCCGUUGUCAACAUCCGCACCAAGGGUGACAAAAUUGCUCUGUGGACAAGUGAGGCAGAGAACCAAGCAGGCGUUAUGCACAUUGGGCAUGUGUACAAAGAGCGUCUGGGCCUCUCUGCGAAGACCAUCAUUGGGUACCAGGCCCAUGCAGACACUGCUGCCAAGAGUAAUUCUUUAGCCAAGAACAAGUUUGUGGUGUGA